UUAGGAUUUCAGAUUCAUUUUUUACCAUGUUUAGGGCCACGCCUCGAUUUCAAGAUUUUUUAGAAUCCAACCAGUUGAUUCUGGUUUUCUAUUCUGUCCUUAUACUUGAUAGUGAAAUAAAUCAGUGUAUAGCGGGGGGAGGGGAAGAUUGUUGUUGCCAAAAUUUGCAAUUUAAUGUCAGUGAAUAUUAUAACGACAUCAGCUCAUGAAAUCCUCCCAUCAGGAUUGUUCUUAAAGUCCUGUUAUUAUGCCUCUUUAAUUAAGGUAGGGUACUUAUUUUUUAUUUUGUAACUUUAUAUGAUAACUUUGAGUCUUUGAUUUUUGAAACUGAAUCAACGCGACAACGAAUCUAGUUCGACAUGACAGCAUUCCCGCGUUCAGAAGAGUUUGAGGUUUCUACCGCUAGGUGGAACGGCUAUUGUCGCUGUCUCGCGAUGAAAAAUCGUCUGCUGCUUUCCCUCUCAACUCAAGUCUCAAUUCUCUUCGAUGUUCCUGUUGGAUUUUCCUGAACAGGAAAUUUGUUUCGAAAUUUGUUUCUUUACGCUAUGAUUAUUUGUAAGGAUGCGGAGGCCACACUUACGGAAAACGUGUCGUUUCAUCGCCAACUAGUCUUUCUGACAACAACAACGUAACUAAAUGUGCCUGGUUUGUGGAAGCUGGAAAAAGCGGUUCAGCAAUACUUUUAAAAAGAAAUCGCAGCUCCAAUAUGACAACUAAUGAUGAACAAGAACAACUCACCAUGACAAAAGAUGUACAACAGUUGGAACUGGACAAGUUGACAGGGCUAGUGCUGUACGACGGAGAAGUUUCAUCUAGCCAGCCGACAAGUGAUAUCUUGUAUUCGAUUGAUCACCAAAUGAUGAUCAUGUUUUCUCGGCCAACAGUAGCAUCAAACAGUAGGCCUAUAGCCCAGUGGAAUGUCAUCACUAUAACGCCGAUCACAGAGAUUAUUGAGGGAUCGUCAAGAACAAUUAAAAGUCCCAACUAUCCAACAUCGUAUCCAAAUUUGUUCGAUUACCGCUGGAAUAUCGUAACUGAACCGGGCACGAAAAUUCGACUUUUAUUCGCCAUCUUUGAAACCCAAGAGAUGUUCGACUUUGUCUUGGUGUACGACGGGUCUUCAGUGAAUUCCCAGCUGCAUCUUGAAAAAUCCGGAUUGGCCAAAACACCUUUCACCAUCACCUCAAUGUGGGUAGGCUUACUUAGGCUAUUUCAUGUGGCCGAUGAAGUGGGUGUUGUGAGAGGGUCCGCAACUCAAAUUUGCUUACACUUAAACAUAAUUUUUAAAUAAUGUUUUUUGUCUCUCUUCCUUAUUGCUUUUUUUUGUUCUUUCCUUUCCGUUUCUCAAAAGUUUUAUGAGAUAAAUCGAUAAAAAUAGAUUCAUUAGCUUCAGCAUGGUUUGUCGUCCCGUAUUAUUAUCGAAGGAUUUGCGGGAUGGUACGGAAUUCGCGAUUUUCUUUCUAAGGGUGACGGCGCUGUAUUAAUGUUUAUUUAAUGCGAACAGUUGUGAAAAUUUUCUUAUUGGGUUAAAUUCAUGUAGCGAUCGUCGGGGUAUUAUCACGUGGAGGAAACCAAUUUUAUUAAAACAAUAUUUGAAGGGUAGUCUAGCACAGAUAUUGAUUGUGGACUUAAUUUUUUAAAGUUAUUAUUAUGCGUCGUAUAGUUGUUAUUAUUUCUAGCCGUGGCUCGAAGCUCAUUUUUCGCUCACGUUCCCCCUUUGUUCCCUUGGAACUGGUGACUGGUGAGCGGGAAAAGCGCAGGAAAAGCGUGACUGCGUGAGCACGCCAGAGCUGAGAGCACGCUCUCGAAUUGAUGAGCUACUCCCAACUCUGUUACAACCACAAAAAGGCUACUUGACAGAUCACAUCGAUGAUAAUAAAUAACAACCAACAACAAGUCAAUAAGACAAAGACAAUAACCGAUUAACAAAAAGCGUAAAAAAGUAAGUAGAAAAUGGCAAGUUGGCAACGUUGUUUUCCGUUUAUUUUAUUGAAAUCAGAUUUCAGAAAUCUGGCAAGUCAAUGUCCAAUUGUCAAUUGUCCACAGUGAGAAACAAGAAAGUGAACUGAACUGAAAACGUGUUUGUCUCCAACAUAAGAAAGUUGAGUUGAAACAAUUCGUUUUUCUCAUUAUUUUUGUAGCCUUGACAAUUUCUCAUCAAAAUGACCAAUAAUAGUCUUAAAAAAAAGUCAUUCUGGAGUAUGAUUGUCCAACCGGGCAAAAUAUAUUCGAUCAUUGUUGCAAGAGAUAUUCACAUCUCUAAAGCUGUUAUUGAUUUCUCAGUGCCACCAUCCACUUCCAUUGAAUAUGCAACAAGUCUUAUUGUGGAAUGCCAGGGUAAAAAGAUUAUCUUGUGCCAUCUAAAAGAUGGUGAUAUGCAUUCAAAAAUGAUGCAGCCUCAAGCUGAUCUUGACAUACAUUUUUCUGAAGGACAGAAACUAGCACUUUAUACUGCAGUCCCUCAAGGUCGUGGUGGUCGUAGUACACCACAGGCACACACAAUCCAUCUGUCAGGAUAUGAAUUUGUGUAGCAAACAUGUGGCACGCUGUAAUGGGAGUAUUUUAAUAGACAUAAAUAGCCCACGUUUUA